GCCGGCAAGGAGCGGGCGCUGAGCGGGGACCUGCGGGGCUCACUCGACAGCUUCGGGUUGGCCUGGGCCGUGCGGCCGAGCGGGAAGCUGCUGCGGCGGAUGGAGCGGCUGCGGGAGGCGUUGGCGGAGAUGGAGGCCGAGCAGCAGCAGCAGCAGCAGCGGGAGGAGGAGGAGGAGGAGGAGUUUGUGGAUGUGCUGGGCUCCGGCCUCAGGCUGUACCGGCAGCUGUACGAGCGGCUGUACCGGCACCAGCGGGAGGGGGUGGCCUUCCUGUACGGUCUGCACCGCCGCGGCCGCCGCGGGGGGAUUCUGGCCGACGACAUGGGCCUCGGCAAAACGGUGCAGGUGAUCGCCUUCCUGUCCGGUAUGUUCGACGCCGAUCUGGUCCGCCACUGCCUCCUGGUGCUGCCCUCCAGCCUCAUACACACCUGGAGCCGGGAGUUCACCCACUGGACCCCGGGCAUGAGGGUCAAAGAGUUUCACGGCAGCAAGAACGAGCGGACAAAGAACCUGGAGAAGGUGCAGCGUCGAGGAGGGGUGGUGAUCACUACCUACCAGAUGCUGAUCAACAACUGGGGGCAGUUGUCCAGCUUCCAGGGCCGUGAGUUCACCUGGGAUUACACCAUUCUGGACGAGGCCCACAAGAUCAAAACCUCCUCCACCAAGACGGCCAAGUCUGCCCACGCCAUCCCGGCCAGGAACCGCAUCCUCCUGACGGGCACCCCCGUCCAGAAUAACCUGCAGGAGAUGUGGGCCCUGUUCGACUUCGCCUGCCAGGGCUCGCUGCUGGGUUCCUCCAAGACCUUCAAGAUGGAGUACGGGAACCCCAUCACCAGGGCCCGGGAGAAGGAUUCCACGCCAGGCGAGAAGGCUUUGGGCCUGAAGAUCUCGGAGAACCUGAUGGAGAUCAUCAAGCCCUACUUCCUGAGGAGGACCAAGGAAGAUGUGAAGAAGACGGAAGCGGCGCAGAAGGAACAGGCCGAGUGUGACCCCGAGGGCGACCUGCCGAGUGCCCAGAUGCCCACCCUGAGCAGGAAGAAUGACUUCAUCAUCUGGGUUUACCUGAGCCCGGUGCAGGAGGAGAUCUACCGGAAGUUUCUGUCGCUCGACCUGAUCCAGGAGCUGCUGCAGACGAGCCGCUCUCCACUGGCACAGCUCAACAGCAUCAAGAAGCUGUGCGACCACCCCAGGCUCCUGUCCAAGAGGACCUGCCAACACCUGGGGCUGGACGGGGCUGGCGGGGGUUCCUACCCGCUCGAGGAGGGGGAGGAGGAGGGGGGGGGAGAGGAGGGGGCGGUGGGCGAGAUCGACGGCGUGUCUGACCAGGAUCUGAUCCAGGAGUCGGGCAAGAUGGUCUUCCUCGUGGGGCUGCUGGAGAGGCUGAAGGCUGAGGGUAACCGCACGCUAGUUUUCUCACAGUCCAGGAAGAUGCUGGACAUCAUCCAGCGGGUACUGGUCAACCGGGGCUUCCUGGUGAUGCGCAUCGACGGCACAGUCCAGCUGCCGGAGCGGCAGAAGAAGAUCGGGAUCUUUCAGCGGGAGCCAGACUACUCCGUGUUCCUGCUGACCACCCAGGUGGGCGGGGUGGGCCUGACCCUGACCGCGGCCAACAGGGUGGUCAUCUUCGACCCCAGCUGGAACCCAGCCACCGAUGCCCAGGCUGUGGACCGGGCCUACAGGAUCGGGCAGACAGAGAACGUGGUGAUCUACAGGCUCAUCACCUGUGGCUCGGUGGAGGAGAAGAUCUACAGGCGUCAGGUGUUCAAAGAUUCGCUAAUCCGCCAGACGGUGGGCGAGAAGAAGAAUCCGUUCCGUUAUUUCAGCAGGCAGGACCUGCGGGAGCUGUUUAUUCUGGAGGAAACCAGGACCUCAGCCACCCAGAGACAGCUGCAGUCACUGCACUCCAGCCAGCGCCACUCUGACACACAGCUGGACGAGCACAUCACCUUCCUGCACACCCUGGAGAUGUACGGGGUGACCGAUCACGACCUCAUGUACUCCCAGGACUUUGCCGCGGAGGGAGAUGAGGCGGAGGAGGAGGGGGGAGAGGGAGGUUCUGGCGGCCAGUCCCAGCAGUACAUCGAGCAGCGAGUGCAGAAGGCACAGGAGCUGAUGGCUGCCGAGUCUCAGUUACACCGGCAGCUCACGCAGUCUCUCCAGGCCAACACUGAGCCCAUGUGGCUCAACACGGCCCGAGACAAGCCAGACACCACAGUCAGGGCAGUAACCGGGGCUCCUCGAGGUGACCAGCCUGACCCUCAGGCCACAGUCGACUUAACCGAUGACCACGAUGGGGAGGCGAUGGACCACGACAUCCUGAACAUCAGCACCAAACUGGCGGGGCUGCCGCUGGACUCCGAGCAGAGUGACGGGAGCCUGGUGGAGCUGGAAGAAGACUCCAACCCGGAGGCACUCGGCAACCGUGACAGCGAACGGGCCACCGAGCGCUCAGUCGGGGUGGGCUCCCCUGCCGCGAGACCCCCAGCUGCGGUUAUCGAUCUGUGCGACGUGGAGAUGAUGUCCCCUUCGCCUCGGAGGCCCCCGGUUCCCUCAGGCAGAGAGUCGUCCUGCGUUACGGGGCGCUGGGCCGGGGGCAAUGCUGCAAAUCCAGGCCCUAGUCUGCAGCCUAGCGAAGGGGAGGCUUCCUUAGAUAUCCUCUCCUCGGCUCCCGCGGGCAAAGAGCGGACAUUUUUUUUCGACGAGGAAGAAGCUAUGUGUGAAGGUGAGCUAACCGGCUCCCAGGUUAACUCGCCCGCCUCCAGGCUGAUGUGCCAGUCGGACUUUAACCUGGUUUUGGAGGACACGGUGGAGGGCGAGGACCAGGGACUAUCCCGAGAGGCCGACACUCAGCCCAGGGGUUCCCGAGGCUCCUCUCUGGGCCCCACGACAGCUCCUCGCUCCGUCGACCAGUCAGUGCUCAGCAUCGGGGACCAGUCGAUGGCCGAGGCAUCGCUCAGUGGGGAGGAGGCUGAGAAUAGAGGGGCCGAGUCUGACAGCCCUGGGGAGGGUGAGGUGUCACACAGCGUAGGAGAGUCUGGGAGUGAUAGGGAGGGGGUGUCACACAGUGUCGAUGAGUCUCGGAGCGUUGUGGCAGUGGAGUCACACAGCGCAGGAGAGUCUGGGAGCGACGGGGAGGGAGAGGAGUCGCAGGGGGUGCCUGGAGUGACUGACAGCCCUGGGGAGGGGAGCGCCAGCUUGGGAGACGACUCGGUGGUUAUGAUCUUACGGUCGAAAAAGAAGAACAAAGGCCGAGUCAUCUCCAGCGACAGUGAAGAGGAGGAGGAGAUGGAGGUCCUGCGCACGUUCCCUGCGGGGAAUCUUUCCGAGGUGUGCGACAGCCCAGUCCGGCCAGGCUUCUGCCUCCCCUGUGCCUCCACCUCCACCCCCAAGGCCACAAACUCCCCGCUGGCCUCCUUCCUGAGCAGCGCCAACCGUUCAGCCGCCUCUCGGAGGUCGGUGGCCUCCAGGCGCUCGCUGGUCCACAUGACCAUUGACGAUCUGCAGGAUGUGGAGGAGGAUGUGAGCGAGGACACGGGCGACGUUUUCUUCAGCACCGACGACCCCGACGACAGGGAGAGGGGGAACCGGGAGUUGGACUCGGGGGAGCAGGUAGAGACCUUCACCAUGGCUGAGGAGUCAGCUGUGGUGCUGGACAUGACCAGGCCAGGGGCAGAGAGCGGGCAGGCGGGGCUGGGCUUGACCGGGGCAGAGAGCGGGCAGGCGGGGCUGGGCUUGACCAGGCCAGGGGCAGAGAGCGGGCAGGCGGGGCUGGGCUUGACCGGGGCAGAGAGUGGGCAGGCGGGGCUGGGCUUGACCAGGCCAGGGGCAGAGAGCGGGCAGGCGGGGCUGGGCUUGACCGGGGCAGAGAGUGGGCAGGCGGGGCUGGGCUUGACCAGGCCAGGGGCAGAGAGCGGGCAGGCGGGGCUGGGCUUGACCGGGGCAGAGAGCGGGCAGGUGGGGCUGGAGGGCGGCCAUUACCAGCAGCUCAUAAAACAGGGCAAGGAGCAGAUGGAGAGAGGAGAAGCCAAGGAGGCUCUGAACUGCUUCUUGCAAGCCCUGGACCUGCAGAGUGGAGACCCUGAGGUGCAGUUAACUACCAUUAGGUUGUACCGUCUGCUCAGCCAGAGCUGA